CGCUGGUUGGAUCACGUGACGCCGCGCUGCCCAUUCACAGCACAGAGAGCAGCGUGCUACCGGUCACGUGGUAGUAAUGGCUCCGGUGAAGUGGUGUGUGCCCGGGGAGCGGUUGUGUAGUCUGGAGGAUUGUACUCCGGGACACGGGACCUACUGCAAACACGGCUACGUCUUCGCCUCGCUCGCUGGUUACGUGGUGAAGUCAUGUGACAAGGAUACGUCUGUGUUAUCUGUGGUGAGGGACACGGAUUCCCUUCUUCUACCAGAAGUGGGCGUCAUUGUGACCUGUAAGGUGGUGAGCAUACACCAAAGAUUUGCCAAAGUUCAGAUCAUGUUUAUUGGCAACAGAGCUCUGAAGAACACAUUCAGGGGUACAAUCAGAAAAGAAGACAUCCGAGCAACAGAAAAAGACAAGGUUGAAGUUUACAAAUGUUUUCGGCCAGGAGAUAUCGUCAUGGGAAAAGUUAUAUCUCUGGGAGAUUCUCAGUCCAAUUACCUUCUCAGCACAGCAGAAAACCAGCUGGGAGUUGUAGUCGCACACAGUGAAGCAGGGGCGACCAUGGUGCCGAUCAGCUGGUGUGAGAUGCAGUGCCCCAAAACGCACAUCAAGGAACCCCGGAAGGUGGCGCGAGUGCAGCGCGAGUUUCUGCAGACCUAAUAAUGAAAGUGUGGUCACCACUUCACACCCAAUCCUACCCGUUACCACUGUGUGGUUUGUACAUGUGGGGGGGAGGGGGAGAAAGAAAAAAAAAUUAACCCCAUGCCCUAUUUCAAUCCCUUUUAAAUCGUUAGUGUAUUUAAAUCUGCUAACACUCCCUCCCCCCCCCCUUAGACGGACAAUGCUGCUGUGCUCCUUCAUCCGGAGUGGGGGCGCCCUAGUACAGGGGGGGGUGUUAGACCAGAUCCUGGGGUGAAAGAAAACGAAUGCAGCCGCCACACAUCUGAUUGGUAUUCUGCAAUAUAUGACAUUUUUGGAUCUGGGUGAAAUACGGGACUGAAAGCAAACUUGCUAUUUGUCAGUCCUGCCAUCUGAGGGGCGGGGGAAUUGAAAAGGCUGGCAGGUGACUCCUUCGAAAAUAGUUUUUUUUUAGGUUGAGUUGUUUUUACAUCCAAAAAA